CAAUGCUAUCUUUAAGUGGGUUUGAACUAUAUUCUCGUGGGGUGCCCCUGAUUCAGUGUUGAUUAGUUAGGAUGUUUGACGUGAAAGCCGCUCGUUUGGCGUUUGACGAACUUCAUGCUUUAUUAAACGCGGGUCCAUACCGCAUGACAGACAUCCGCUUUAUUAAUUUGUAGUCUCUUGCUCCCUCCUUUCUUGCUCUUUCUGAGGUAAGUUAUUGUGAUAAAUGCAAAAAUUAAAAAGUGUCCAAGAAUAGACACAUACUGUAUUUAAUGCAAAUCACGAACGUCAAACUUCAUGUGUUUUUCGGAAUGGACUCUCAUGAUUUCAGUUGUAUAAGUUUGCUGUUACAGAUGAGUGAGAGAGUAUAACGUCUACUAAGAGUAUUGUACUGGAACAGGAGCUUUAGUAUUGUCCGCAGAAUCCUGAUGUAUGUUUACGGUACACUAAAGGCGGAAGUAAAGUGGAAGUUUUGACGACUCAUUUGCAUAGAAUCGUUUUCGUCUUUGGUCCAGUGAGGAUGGUAAACAACUGCCACGAUGAGGGACAAAAAACCUCUCGGGAGGAGGUUUGGUGGCAAAUGCACCCAUAGGAUUUCAUGAUCUUUACAGCACGUUAACUCCUGAAGCUUUUUAAAUACUGAAGCCCUUAUAAUUUUUAAAAGACUCCAGCCUGUGUACAGCCACCCCCCUCAAUUUUUCCAAGGGGAUCUAGGAGGCAGCUGUACACAGGCUAAAAAGACUCAAGUUUCCCUAGGAUGACUGAACAGAUACAAAUUUUAUAGCACCGCUUAGAAUGUAUUUUUAGAAAUGUAAAACUACUAUGGAUAGCCUAAAACAUGUUUUCAAAUUGUUUAGGAGGAAAUUGUCGUUGGAAGCCCCUGGAGCUAGCCUGCUUGCUCAAAUCUCUGAAACAACAAUACUGAGGAAUCAAGGCAUGAGCCAAGCCAACCCGACUAACCAGGCUGGUUUUAUUAUUAUUAUUUUUUUUUUCAUCUAAACUGAGAGGCCCUUUAAAUCUAUAAAACGAUUGAAAUACAGACUCUACUUCAGAGGCUUACAUGAAUGAAGCUUUUUGUCAAUUUCCAGUUCAUUUCUAUUUGUAUAGUUAAUGGUGUGUUUUGUAGUGAUAUUUGGCAUAAAUACGAGUGAUAUUUCAAAAUUGUUAUACAUAAUUUCACGAGCCGUUAGGAGAGAGUAAUUUCAGAUGAUUUUGAAAUAUCUCGACCGGUAUUUAUGCCAAAUAUCACAUACAAAUCAUACUAUUAUUAAUUUGUUUAUACUACUACCCACAAAUGGUUUGUAAUUUUCACGUGAAGGUUUUUCAAAUUAAGCUGAAAAACCACUGGUCUAAGCCAAUCAAAUUGCAGAAAUUUCUCAUGUAGCAGUAUAAUGCAGUAAUGAUCAAAUACAAAGAUGUCUGUCGCAUCUGCCAGAUCUACAAGUACCAUCUUUGCUCCCGGGGGUUCUCAAAAAAGUUUUAUACAGGAGGCGCCUCCCUAUAAUGGCCUAUACAGGGGAGCUCUCCUUGAAAGGGAAACCUUUUACAGGCUUCAGGUAUAUGUCAUUUUCGUCUGUAAAAAGGUCCAAAAGUGCAAACAAAGACAUUUUAUGGCUGUGAAAAAGUUGAGGAAAUGUUGUUGUUGUUGUUUUUUUAAGACAGUGCAUUUGCAGCAGUUAAAAGGGAUGCAAAGUUCUAAACUAGGUAUGUGAAAGGGGUACAUUUUGUCAAUAGAAGGUAUACGAAAGGGUACCUUUUCUGUCAGAAAAUGGUAUACAAAAGGGUAAAGGACUUGGACCUCAGGUUGUACACCUGGCUCUACUUGAACCCGACUGGCCAGCGGGGUGCUUGUUUAAAACUACUUAUUAGUGAAAAACACUGUACCGCAUAAUUUUCAAUCAUUCUUUUUUUGUCGACAAAUGACAAAAAUAUGAUAAGAAGAACAAUUCUAACAAUCGUUAGAGGUCUACUCCUCUUGGCAGGUCCAAAACAUAACAAUCACAAUGUCAGGUAAGAUUUGACAUAAUAAAACACCUUAUUGCUGCUGGAAUGGCGGGGUGCUUACAUAAGGCAUGGCUAUUUUGAGUAAAUAUGGUCGUGAAGAAAUAUUCAUGACACAGCCCUGACGGAUCGCAUUUUCCUUCGAUGGAUACAUGUAUAACAGGUGAACAGGGUCUUAAUAGAUAAUCUUAUAUAAAAUUAUGGCUGAUGUAUACUUUGCUGUCUCAGUUUCAAUAUUUACAUCAUUGCCACGAAAAAACCAUUGCUUUUUAAUCUCAUCAUUGUCAGGAUCUUACGCACUAUGGCAGCUAUUCCAAUCUGCAUACCUAACAACUGUUCAUGGGAGGAGACUACUGGAACCUUCCAACAGGACAGGGAGCAACCUCGCACGGAGCUCCAGCUUGUAGACGAGGGACUACAAAAGCUAAGGGCCAUUCACGGGCCAGUAUGUGUGGUAUCAAUUGCAGGACCUUCCCGGAGGGGUAAAUCAUACAUUCUAAGCCAGGUGUUUGACCAAGGAGAUGUGUUUCCCUUGGGUCAUUCAUUUGAUCACGAGACCAUGGGCAUUUGGAUGUGGGUUAUUCCUGAGAAGUACCGGGAUGAUUUCGGCCGUGAAUUCACAGUGGUGCUACUCGAUUCUGAGGGAACAGAUGCUGUGAUUGCUGAAGGUAUCGAUGAUCGUGCCAGUUUUACACUGAGCGUGCUUCUGAGCUCUGUAUUGAUCUACAAUUCUGUUGGUAUACCUACGAGAACAGAUUUGGAAGUUCUUGAGUAUCCUUGUAAUACCUCAAAAUCUGCCAAUGAAUAAUUUAGGCUACACUCUAGUUUUGUUUUUUUGAUAUUCACUAAACUUCAUCUAACUCUAGCAAACUGUUAAUCAAGAGUGUAUAAUUGCUUGGUUUGAGAUCCUCAAAGACGAUAAAACGAUAGACAACGAGCACUCUACACAUACACACUCGCACUGUAUUAACAGUUAACAUUUAAGUGAAGUCCUAAUCGAGGCAGACGGAGAUACAGGGGUACAGCAGUCAGUGAUAAAUUACAAAUAAAAAAAUAAAUAAAUAUAAGUAAAUAAAUAUAUUUAUUAUAUAAACUGCAGUGUUUUACAAGGAUUUCUACCACCGAGAAAUGUGGUAUCUGAACACACGUAAAAAUACGAUAUUUUUACAUGUGAAGAUAUCGAUAAUUUCACUGACAUCAGGUUUGUCUCUUAAAUUGUACUUAAAUUCGUUGGUGUAUCAUCGAAACAUCUUCGGGUCUUCCUCGAAAGUGCUCGGCAAUCUUCGGACAUCUUCGGAAAUUUUCGGAAUUUCUCGGAAAAUGUUCAGGAACGUUCGUCUGGUCUUCGGGACAAUUUUAAAAAUCUUCGGAAAUCUUCGAAAGGUGGUCAGAAAUCUUCGGAAAAUCAUCAAAAACGCCGUCAUCAGUAUGUUUAGUAUGUUUAUAUAAUAAAAAGAAUAUUACACGUUAGCUCGAAGAUAUGAAUUUUAUGUUCUCGUGGCAAGAGCAAUAUCUCACUUGUUCGCUGCGCUCACUCGUGAGAUAUUGUUCUUGCCACUCGAACAUAAAAUUCAUAUCUUCUCGCCACCGUGUAAUAUUCUCUAUAUAAAUCUGUCUGGAUUUGCAAAAAGGUACCUCCAGGAUUUUUGAGCAACUGUCUCAUUUGAGGCUUGUUCAGUACUUGACCAUUUUUUUCUUAUGUUUUCAGUAGAAAAAACUUCUAACAAGCUGCAGUAGACCAAAAAAGAAAUGUGUUUUCAAUGCUGUUUACAUCCCCCCCCCCCCACCUCUCCCCUACCCAUCAUUUCCCAUAAUUCUCUCCUGGUCAUAAAACAUUAUGACAUUUGAAAUCAGUGCAUGUGGCAGAAGUUGUUUUCCUUGGUCAGUUACUUUUCUAGAUUUCUUUUUGGUCGCCUGCAGCAAAGUUUUCUGGAAGGCAUAUUAAGCCUUAUGAAGGAACAAGUCUCAUGAUUAGCAAAGUCUUCCGUCGUCCAAUAUGUUACCGUAUUUCGUCUCAUUUUGGCUAAACAGGUGAAACACUGUUCUCGGGCUUGAGACGGAAAGGCAUCAUAUUGCAAGCUUUGAUGUGGGCAGUGACGAGUCUCUGGCCUCAAAAACACAGGAAAAAAUAACGGAUUCCCAUUUUUGGAUAUUUUAGGGUAUUUAAAGAAUACCCAUAAAAAUCCCAAAUUUGGCAAAGUGAGACAAGUCCCAACCAGGGAAUUCCCAACCAAGUUCCCUGAUUGGGACUUGUCUCACUCUUCCAAAUUUGGGAUUUUUGUGGGUAUUCUUUAAAUACCCUAAAAUAUCCAAAAAUGGGAAUCGGUUAUUUUUUCCUGUGAAAGUAGUUUGUGAGAGUCAAAUAUAUUCGGUGAGAGCAAAAUUGAAGCUGAUUUCUGACCAGGCCAGAGACUUAGUUAAAAAUUGUUUUGAAGGCCGGCCUCUAUGUGACCCUUUCAAAACGGCUCAUCUGUAUCCAAGAUCUUGAAUAAAUCGACGGUGUCAGCAAAGUUUACAUGUGAUGAUUUUAUGUGGAGAAAGCGAGAGUUAUUGAGAGAAAGUAAUUUGAUGAUAUUUUGCCCGUAUUAAGUGUGGAAACAUUGUGCCUGGCUGGUUGGGGAUAGUUUUAUCAGUGCCGCAAACUUGGUUGAUUGUGUGAUUUCCUGAGGUUGUUGACAGACAGGUUUCAGGUAUGUUGUGGCACUCGUGUUAUAAGAACAUUGUGUACAAGCAUAAAAAUGCUUUGUGAGUGUUUAGUUGAAGUAAUUUUGUCUUAGACAACCGAUUGUGCGGUCAAGAAAGGAGGAUUCUAGGUGACUGUUUUAGUCAGGCAUCUCGUCAUGAGCCUCAUAGUUCGAGAGCUGACCAAAAGGUCAUUUUUUCUGUGCUUUUAAAUGAUGUUCAUUUCAUUACAAAUCUGUCGCUUUUGCCAAGAGCAAUUUUUUGUGUGUUAAUUGCCAGCGAUUAAUUUUCCUGUUUUAAACCCUAACUAGCAACUUUCAACUGCUUUUUAUUCACCUCCAGGGUCAAAUAAUAGUGAAAACGCACUUGAAAUUUCUGUAGGUACCUUUUUAUAAAUUCCGACAGAUACAUAUAUAAUAUAAAUAGGUAAAUAAAUCUUAAAUGUAGAUAAGUAACAUUUAGAAAAUCAGCAUUUACCCUCUUAUAUUUUUGCACAAUGCGGUAGCCACGAAAAAAGGAGAAGAAAAAAAAGAGGAUGUGAGCUCCUCAUUCCAGUGUUUUUAUCUUGCUACCACACUAACUUUAAGGAAAAAUAAGAGGCCGCUUGCGGUCUAGUGAAAUAAGGAAAAGAAGAAAACAAAAACAACUACAUGAAAAUAAACAAAUAAAUAGCAUACGGGUGAGCGCUGUGUAAGGAGAAUGUUAAUUGGGUAUUUUGUCUCCACUUCAAUAAAUAAGGCAAAGAAGUCUACUUUGGCGACUUUCGAGAAGUAAAUUACUAAGAAAAUACAUAAUAUAGAAUGUAAUGAUCGAAUAAAGAUUUAGGCUAGGUAAAAACCAACCUGAACCAAACUAUGGCUGGAAUAAUGUUCAGUUAAUUUAUUGAAAAAUUCACCUUAAGCAGGAGCCAUUACCUCCUGCCUUAAGCUAGAGGAAAGUACUGUUUAAAUAGUAAUAAUGUUUGAAGCCUUCUUGACAUGCUGUAGUUCUGUAAUCGAUGUUUGUCGGCACAUCCAAGUCAACACAGGUCAAACAUUAGAUGAUGAGUCAUCAAGACAGGUGUUUCCAUCGUUUGUGUGGUUGCUGAGAGAUGUCUUGUUAAGUCUGCCCAAGGGUGUGGACAACCUAAGGGAAUAUUUCCUUGAAAAGGUAAUUAAUACAUUAGGAACUACAAAAAUAUACUGUACUAUAUUGAUAUUGCGCGUUCAUGUUUCAUCUUUGCUUAGUAACAUUAUGUCAGGGCUGCCCACGGGUGUGGACAGCCUAAGGGAAUAUUUCCUUAAAAAGGUAACUGCAUUGUGAGACCUUAAAAAUUUACUGUACUGAUAUCGCCAUUUCAUCCUAGUCUUAUACUGACAUGUGCAGUUAUGACUCAUGUGAAGCAUUCUCUUCCCCAGAGCCUGUUGUUUUUUGGUCACGUGGUCUUGAAACAAGAGGCUCUGGAAGCAGCCGUUACCGGAUGUCAGAAAUGUUCUGACAUCCGGUCAUGCAUGUGCAGAAGUUACAAAUAUCAUUGCUAGUGCUUAUAAUGGAUUUUUGUCCCUCACUGCUCCACUGGGGAAAAAAUUUUACUUCCUGAGCUCUCUCGAUCCAGAGAGUGGCUUCUUUGGGCUGUUUUAAAAAAUUUAAUACAGACUUCACUCAACUUGGACUCACUGAUAAUUUAGAGUCAAAAGGAGAAGGCAUUAACAAAAACCAGCUGAACACAUUGUUGGGUUGCAGAACUGAGACAAUUGAUCGGCAGAUUAUUGUCUGAGUUUAACAUGUGAGUUCACGUUUGGCGAAAACUAGCCUGAAUUUCAUCCGAUUACUUUCAGCUGUUAUUAUUCCCUCAGUAACGUCUGAAUCGACGGGCCAUUAUUGCCGUCCAGUGACGUCACUAAAUAUCGUUUGGAAAUGUCUGCAUGACACAGAAUUGCUUUAUUUUUUUGUAUCGUGGAUUUUCAUAUUUAACGUUCAAACUAUCAACUGCUUGCAGUACAACUCUGAACAUGUUGUAGUUCUAUAAUCAAACUCGGUUGCAAUCACGCAGUGAAAUAAACACACACACGGAACACUUAGUUCAAAAACACAAUGAUUUGCUUUAAUUGAAAGGAAGCUAUUUGGUCCUUAACAAAGAAAAAACAAGGAAACAAGAAAGAAAAGCUAACAUAAUCAUUACACUUGACAGUGAAAAUAGCAGGAAGGUCGAAUUAUAACAUUGAUCUCAGAAAACUUCGCAUUAAACAAAAAAUUAUCACUGGCCUUCGAAACCACAAAGCGGCGCUCUAAAUGAAAACCCUACCAACUCUCCGCAAUGAUUCUUCGUUUGCAGUUCAAUUUCGCAUUUCAGUUUCAAAGACAAGGGCAAUUUUGCUGUUCAAGAUAAAGAUUAAGUUCAUCGAAAUGUUUGAACUACACAAAAGAAUGCCAGGGAUGCGAUCCGCUGAAUAUCAAGCGACAAUCCCGCUAAAAUUUUUCAUAAUUAUACAUAAUUAUGCAAAUGUUUAGACAAUCAACCAAUCAAAAUCACUACCCGGUUUUCGGUUAGUGAGUGAUGUCACUGGACGGUAUUAACAGCCGGUCGAUUCAGACGUUAUUGAGGGAGUAUUAACGACUCAAAGUAAUCGGAUGAAAUUCAGGCUAGGAGAAAACGAACACUAGCUGGGAAAGAAAGAUCGGAGAUCGAAAGGCAGUCUUAAAAGAUAUCUUGUUCCAUGUACUGCAAAUACUAUCUUAUUUCAAAAUGUCUUUUGAAACGAAACAAUUCAUGUGUUGUGUUAUUAAAGACUGGACAGGAAAAAAAUAUAUAUAUAUUCGUUUCACUCCACCUAGUUGUGUUUUUUCCUAUGUUUAUUUCCUUUUGAAGUGUCGAAUGGUAGGUUUUAAUUUGGCCCAUGAGCUUUUGUGUACAACAUGAGUCAAGACAACCGAAGGUUUAUGUCAAAACAAAUCAAGAUUAAUCAUUUUUCGGUCCCAAACAGGGUUAAAAACAGUACAAACUUUGUCCAGGAGAAGUGACAGCUUACUGGAGUGGGGUCGAUAGAUAUCUGAGGAAGUCUCUUACGGUUCCAUUCUAGAAAACUGACUAAAUCAAAUUCCAGUUCAGUUCUUUUUGUACAAUAACUUUAACUGAAACUUGAUUCACUCAGUUUCCUAACCCUAAUCAUAAAACUUGAGGGUCAUUUGGUGUUUGGCCAUUCAGUGUUUUGCUAAAGGGGACCUUUAUCUGUAAGAGGUUUAUCCUCCUAAAGAUUGGAGUUAGCAUCUCCUAACUAAAUACCAUCAUCAGUGCCUCAAGGAGAGAGGUUUUAAUAAUUUUGCUGUCGAACUGAGAAAAUCGUGAACACCUGAAAAAUUUCAGGAAUGUUGAUUAUGUAGUGACCAAUCACCAUAAAGUUCAGGACACAUGAGCAAACCUCAAAAGGGUUGGGGUUUUAAGGUUUUUUUUUUUUCCAAAAAGGAGGGGCUUAUAACUGGAAUAAAAAAAAGCGAUUCAAAACAAAAUACAUUUUGCAUUUACUGAUUUUUAACUAAGCUUCAAAAUGUAAUAGUGGAAGCUUAGGGGAGGGCUUAUAACCGGCAGAGCCAUUUUUUCUUGGUUACCAGUAGAUGGGCCUUUAACUGAGGGGUCUUAUAAAUCGGGAAGGGGGGGACUGAAAAGAAGUAGUUGGUGGUAGCCUGUUCCAGACAUUCAGGUAUUAGGGAAGCACAAAGAGAACAAAGCAAGAAAAACCCUGCAUUUUUUAUUACUCUUCUUCUCACUAUUGGAAUGCCAGCUAGAACAGGUUAUCGUAAGCUAUAUAGCCGUACUUUCUUACCUGGAACAGUGAAAUGUAGAGUGAUAUACACCCCAUAAAGACUGUAUGCUUUAGAAGACCCCCUUAAGAAGUACACUUUGAGUAUCACACAACCCAAAAGUAUUUUGUGGGGUUAAGUUGCUCUCAUCAUGUUUUGAGAGUGGAGUGCAAGGCCUGGUUUGAAAUCGGUCAGUAUAAAACAUGGACUGCGGACGGCGGACUGCGGACUGGGUAUAAAAUACGGACUGGGUAUAAAACGAGGACUGGAAAAUACGGACUGGGGAUAAAACACAGGGCGCUUUCCAUUUAGGAAAAAAACUCGGAAAUUUCGGUGGGAGCAAAAGUGGAAUUUCCGAUUGGUAAAAAGUUGUUCCAUUUGGUCGUAAACCUCGGUACGUCGCGGUGCCCGACGGUGGACCUGGAACUGGUACAAACUACGAGAAACGUCAAUGGAACACGACAUUCCGUUCGGAAAUUCCAACCGGGAAAACGGGCCCACCUUUUUAGAUUUUCCACUUUUUCUGGGAAUUUUCCAGUGGGAUGAACCGACGAAACGUGUUCCAUUUACCGCCGAACCUGAAAUAGGCCAUUUGCACUAAGAGGCAUGUGACAUCGUUUUUGUGAAAAUGAAAGUUACAUGAUUUUGCCUUCGAAAAACGAUUAGUGGGUCAUAUGUUAAACAAAAUAAUAGUCACUUGGUUUUUCAAACCCGCACCAUUUUCUUAAAAUGAAUAAGUUCGUAAAUGGUCACGUAACCAAAAUGUGAUUUAUAAAAUUUUGAAUUACCUCUCUCUGAACACAAAUUUUGCACUUAAACUGCAAGGAAAACGUUGAAAAGAUGAUUUGAAAACGUUUACAGCACAUUUGAGCGUAACUAUCAAACGUUGAACAAGAUAUAAGCAAGAAGUAGUUUUGUCCGCCAUGUUGGAGGGCAAAAGCAUGCCCUCCAACAUGGCGGCCAAUACAAAUCAUACUACUUUGCUGAAAAAUCAAAGUGCCAUAAAAUAUCUCCCUUGCGUUUCCUCUCAAAUUUCGGGUGUAAGAUAAUUUUUGUGUGCUCUAACAAUUUUUGGCAUCAGCAAGAUUCCAACUCAUUGUUUAAAGGAAGCAUUGGUCACGUGACCUCUUAGUGCAAGUGGCCUAUCCCGGAAAUUUUGACUAAAUGGAAAGCGCCCACAGACAAGGUAUAAAAACGGUGGUAAAAACGGUGGUAAAAACGGUGCUAAUUGGUUCUAGGUAAGGAAAAAUAAGAUCAAAAGAUCGCUAAAUAACAUGCGCAAGUCGAAAAUACUCCUAUAAAUUCUUAGAGGAGGUGUGCCGCCCGGUUCUCUGAAUCAUGAGCCGGAUCAAAAUGCUAUUUUCUUCACCCAUUUUUAGAUCUUGUCUGAGUCUCUAACAAUCAUGAAAGGGGUCAGGCUCAGUGGGGGUACUCCCUUAUAUAAGGGAAGGGAAGGAGUUUUGGGCCUUUUUGGUCUGAAAACACUUUGCCCAUUUUGGUGUGGUUUUCGAGGGAACUACGGGAGCGUACCUAAAUGAACAUAUUUAUCGUUUCAAUGCCCAAAGGAAUAAGAACGAAAUAGAACUGUGCGAAUUCGAAAUGCAUUUGGAGAAUUUUUUUGUUUCCGCUCUAACUUAGUAAUGAUGACAUAAUUUUUGCCUAAUUAGACUUAACCUGUUCCAGGCUCCGAGAUAGUUGGGUCUGCUGAAUUGAGAAAGCGAAAACACGAAAAUAAAACGGAGGAAAACUGGGGAGUCUCCCCAACUAUCUGGGAGCCUGGAACAGGCUAAAUUAGGCCAGGUCCGAAAAUGGGUAUGGAUUUUAGAGAUCUGGUCUAAAAACUGGUGUGAAUAAUGACAUUUUUCGGUCUGCAAUAAGGUCAGGAUUCGGAGAACCGGGCACCACACCCCCACCAAGAAUUCCCAAUAGUACCUUCCUCCGGGGAUCAGGAGCAGGGUGUAAAUCAUGUCAUUAUAAUCAUCGCUUAGAAUAUAAAGUUGGAUGACUCAUUUCGUUUAUUAUUCACGUAUGUGAGUAAUCCCUCCCCCCACCCCCCCAAUACUGCUUUUGUGCAUCGCGGAAUGCCCUACACUGACCUUCUCGUCUGAGUUCUUCAUUCAGUCCUCAUAUUGCCAAGGCUUUAUUUGAAACGGAAUUGUGGCAUCCGAUAAGAAUUUUACUGAUCUGACUAACACCAACACUAUUUUUUUUUUAAUUCGGUGCUUCUUGUUGGUUUAAAACUGCAAAUUGAAAUCUCUUCUAACUCCUUCUUUUCAAAAAAUUCAGAGUUUAAUUUCAGUUGCCUUGAGUACCGCCAUAACCUUCCUUUUCCGUAGGAAGAAUAGACUAUGUGGACAGCCAAGGCAAUGUUAAAGCUGGGACUACUGUUUUUGCUAGUCCGCUUUCCAUUUCUCUGAGUUUUACGUUUCUAAAGGUUUUUUAUAAACAUAGUCCGUAGUUCUCGUUUUUUUACCUACAGUAGUCCGUGUUUUAUACUCAGUCCGGGGUCCGCGUUUUAGACCUAGUCCGUAUUUUAUACCCAGUCUGCAGUCCGUGGUCCGCAGUCCAGAAUUUUGGAUCAGACCUGAAAUAGGAUUGGUCAAAAUUUGGCAAGGCAUGCAGGGCCAACCUGAACUAAUUUUUUGCGGGUAGUACAGUUGUAUUGAAACUGAAUGUGGUGCUUUACAGAGUUAAAGUACAAUAUCUGCUCACAGCUAUAAUAAUUGUAUAAUUGAUUAAGUUCCCUUAAAAUUGAUUAUUAUUUUGUGUUAUAAUAUGAGGGCCAGUUUCCAACUAGGAAAGAGUUUUACCAGAACUGAAUCAAUGACCAUUGGAGGCAAGUUUUAAUUUGGCUCAUUAUAAUAUAUGUCAAUAACCAAGUAAAGAAAGAUGCCCCAUGCUUCAGUAAGCUAAGGCUGUGUGCAAGCUCAAGGAGGGGUGGAGAGCAGAGGUAGUUAGGAUAAGCUAGUAAACCAGAAUAGUAUUGUUGCUCAAACUAUUGGGAUGUUACCCAGCCUAUCAAAGGUGACAUACUGCAAAAUCCAGUGUUGUGAUCAUCAACAACCACUUACCCCUGCAGUAUGAUGCAGUAUGAUGAAGAAUUCAAAUUUUAUUAAGAUAAGUCUUGCAUGCCUGACCCAAGGCAGCAAGACCAGGGGUUAGGUAUGAGGAUGAAUUAGUGACUUACAGAUAUUCAGUAAUAUUGGUCGAGGUACAGAGGGGAGUAGCUUUGCAAUUAGCCCAACAUUUUUACUAAUUUUUGUGACAAUAGAAUCAGUGUGGUAUUUCCAAGAGAGAUUCUGAUCAAUAAGAACACCCAGGUGUUUUCUGUAAACUUUAGACUCGAGACGGACAUUUAUUCUUUUCACUAUCAAACAUGCAAAGUUUUGGUUGGUAUUAGCAAGUUGCUUUUGGUAAGGACGACAAGUUACAAAGUUGGAUUUAUUAAUGUUAAGUGUUAGUGUGUUCGCUGUCAACCAGUUUUAAAGGUUUUGUAGCUCAUUGUUGACUACUGUCUCAAGAUCUUUCAGAUUUUUGUCCGCAUAAAGAAUGUUAGUGUCUCAAAGAGUUAAAACCUAAAUUUAUUCUACCAUCUGUGGAUAUCAUUGACAUAUAGCAAGAAAAGCAAUAGUCCAAGAAUUGAUCCUUGAGGAACACCACAUCAAACGACGGCUUUAUCUGAUAUAUGAUGGCGUACUUGCAUUGUUUGCAUGCGAUUUUUGAGAUAUGAGGAGAACCAAUCAUUAAUUAUUCCAGGAAAGCCAUAGCGAUUGAGCUUAUCAAGACGUGAGCUUAUCAAGCAAAAUGUCGUCAUCUAUGUUGACGAAGGCUUUUUAAGAUCAAUGAAUACUCCACAAGAUAGCAAUCGUCGAUUCAUGUUUUUCUGUAUAUCAUUAACAAUGUCCAGUAUUGCGUGUUGGGUUGAAUUCCCCUUACGAAAGCCGUAUUGUGAGGAAUACAAAAGCUCGUGUUUCUCUAUAUAGCUCGUCAAUCUGCUGUAAAUUAUUUUCUCAAAUACUCUAUUAAAAUUUGAAAGUAAAGGGAUAGGUCUGUAGUUAUUGUUUGCGUCCGUAUCAACGUCACUGUUAAAUACUGGCGUAAUUUUAGUAAUUUUGAUCAUUGAUGGAUGUCCCUAAUCUGACAGAUGUAUUAAGUAUCUCUGUAAGAACUGGAGCAAUGACGGCAUUGAACAUUUGUGCAGUUUUGUGGGUGAGGAGUAUAAACCAUAAGAAUUAUCAUUCGGUACAAUUAAUAUUUCUAACCUUAAUUCUUCAGGUAAAACAUGUUGAAAAAGGAAGGAUGAAAUUGGAGAUUUGCACUUAUCAACAUUCUUGCGGAUGUUUUUGGGCAAUGGGCAGUCAUUAGCAAGUCUGUUUCCGACUGUUGCAAAGCCAGUUCAUUAAUAAUGUUUGGUAUCCGGGAACCUUCCUUAUUAAAAUCAUUUAGUGCAGAUAUGACUUUUUCCGUCGAUGUAUAACUUCAUUGAUUCCUUGUCAGGUUUUUUCAUGUUGGCCAUAUUAUUUUCGAAAAACGUAUCAUAGUAUCUCCUUUUACUUAAGCAUAUCAGUGAACAACUUUUAUUUCUAUAGUGUUUGUACCUAACUUCGUCUCCAGAUGCAUAUAAUUUAUUUUUAACCUUAAUCGUCGCCUUAAUUCCAUUAGUAAUCCAGGGUUUAGAUAGCUGCUUUGCUUUGCGAUUAGAUAAUUUUUCAUGGGGGCGUGUUUGUUAACAAUUGUAUUAUACGUGUUGUAAAACGAUGAAAACAAUUUGUUCCAUUUGCAAUUAUUCGGUUCUAGUCCUUCAACCCCGAAACCUUUUUUCUCUGUCUCCCCAACAGGUUUUUAAAGUUGUUGAUCGUCCAAGUGACAAUUCACGAAGAGUGGUGGAGAACUUACUCAAGUAUUUCCCAGACUUUGAUGCUUUCCCACUCUCCCCGCCAUCAGCAGAUCCUGAGGUCAUCGGAAACUUAUCUGAUGCCAGAAUACAGGGCCAAAUAAACUCGUCUUUCAAGGAGGGGAUUCAGAAUUUCAAGAAGAUGCUAUUGACAAAGUUGGGCCCGAGAAAGAGAUACGAUGGGCCGGGACUUGUCACUGGCGAAGGUUAGACAAAAACUAGCUAAUACAUCGGGGCAGCCUGAGCUUACAUGAUUGGGUUAUGCUUGACAUUUAUUUUUCGGUACGGCUCAAAGGAGCAGCCUUAGGUCGUCUAUUUUAUUUUUGUUAUUUUUAUUAGCUUCGCCAACAAAAUAUAAAUACAUUCAGGUAAUCAAACAAAGUACCAAAGUUAAGAAAAAGUGGCAGGAAUUCCACAACAGCGUGAGCCAGUUACCUCGGGCCCAGAAAAUUAAAAAAUAUAAGAAUAGUUACUAGGGGUACCUUCCGGCAAGUGCCAACGAGGCGAAUUCGUUUAACGUUUGUGGAAGGUGCCUAUUCAGAUUUUAUUUCAUAAUUUUAGAGGUGUAAAAUGGAUUCCGCUAUAGAAAAGGAUGGCACCCAACUUCAAAACAACAACUUUAGCACAUUCUAGGCUUUCACUUUUAUUAAACAAUAACAACAUGGCUUGAAGCUUUGUUGGUAAAUAUGAGCAAGUUUGCACUUGUGUUUCAUGGAAAAUUCCAUCGUAUCAAAGCCAUAAACGUUAGAGAGAAAAAUAUAGUUCAAAUGAGGCCUUUGACUGCUGAAAUUAAAAAUAAUGAUCAACAGCGUCAUCAGGGAUUAGAAAAAUAUUUUGCGUGGUAAUAUACAUAAGAAAAAAAUUGGUGUAAACUAAAAUGUGUGAAAAGCGCGCAAGAAUGGGGCGGAAUGUAUUAGAGGUAUAAAAAUAUAAACUUGAAUAAAAUACAAAGAUCUAAUGAGCGAGUGUCACAGGACAAAGAGUCUCUUGAAAGGCAUAAUGAUAGUCUGAAAAACAAAAGGUCUGCAAAUUCGUUGCAUUUCUCACGGGAGUUUUGGGCUGUCUCAAUGUAAAUCGAGCAGCAAAAAAACCAUGCUGGAUGACAAAAUCUCUCGAAAAACAUAAAUAAAUUUUAAAAAAAGGUCCGCAAAUACGUUGCAUUCCUCACGGGAGGUGAGGACUGGCUCAGAGUAAAUCGACCUGCGAAGAACACGCUGGUUCUGAUAUAAGUUUUGAGAAUAUAACCCUAUGCCUUGAUCAACUACCGCUUAAAAUUCAGUUCACAAAGGAAAAGAGAACACUGAAAACCCUGGUUCUGAGUCGAGAAGCGAACACGCUACCUCAAUAUAAAUCGACCUGCAAAGAACAAGCUAGUUCUGACAAAAAUUUGAGCGUAAAACCCUAUUCCUUGAUCAGCUGCUGCUUUAAACACAAUUUAUGAAGCAAACCAGAGCACUAAUUUUCGUUUCAAACUAGAAAUCGUAUUAAAGCUGGCUCACCAGUUAGGUCCUCUUGAACAGACAACGAACAGCUGCACACUGAAUCACCCAAUCUUGAACCACGAGUUGUAAAUACAAGACAAUGACGUUACGAUCCAAAUAUGGGCUCUUACUUACACCCAAAUAUGGUCAAAAAUGCAAAUUUUAGAGGGUUACGCAGAAUUUGAGAGUCUUGGCCUACAUUGCGCGGCGUUAUAAUUCUGCCGCCGAGUCAACCUCGCUUCUUAGCUCGGUUGCCUCGUUGGCAAAAGUACUUAAUCAUAAAAUUAAAAGCAUCACGACACAGGCUAAGUAAGACUACGACACUUAUUACAGUUAAGACAGACAGACUUAAAAGUGCGGAGAUUUUGCCAGUCGUAAUUACUUAAAGCGGUUUUGUAAUACUCUAUCACUGCCCGUUUAAAAUCAUUCAGGGCAUUCAUGCGCAGGUUCAGUUCAUCAGCAACAAAGUUCCAGACGCGUAUGCAUAUGAUAAAGGACUUUUGAUAAGUUGCUGUCUGACAACUCGCGAUUGUAAAUAUGAGAAGAUUAUAGCCAACUCGGCGCUACGCGCCUCGUUGGCUAUCUAUCAUCUCAUAUCCAAAGCGCCCUCGUGGAAUAAUUGUUAAAUAUAGCAUGAUGACUAAGCAAAUCGAAACUCUAGCGAUGUAGAAAUAAUAGUAAAUAAAUUAUUAAUUGUAAUAUCCAAUUAUUCAGCUUUUAAUAAUUAUUACAUAUUCGACAACCCUCAAAUUUAUACACCUAGGUGAAGAGAGAAAAAGUGGAGCAAAGCUUAUUGUCUCAGGAAAGAACGCAACGGCAAGGCUCGGACACGGACCUGGACCCCCAGAUCCAAAGUUAGAGAUGUUAACCAUUCGUCCACCACGCCCUUACCGGGAACGAGACAGUGCUUGGUUGCAAAAUGCCGCUUUGUAAAUGAAUUAUGCCGGGCAUUACGUUUUCCUUUAAAAAUUUGUUAAGUCAGAUUAACCUUAGUUACUAGACUGGAAAUUUCUGAAAUACUAUCAUCCAUCCAUGUGUCCUCAAAGAAUCCCAUCUUCGAAUAAAACCAGAAUAGAACAAAACAGAAGAAGGGACGUCUCCUCGCAGGAAACAGAAAAUUGCCUUAGAUGAGUGUUGUACAACUUUAUAAUUUAUGUUCUUAUUUCUUCUUCUCCUGGCUGUUUUUAGCUUUGGCAACUUUGUUCCAGGAGUAUGUUCGCUCAGUGAACUCCCCUGAAGCAAUACCUGUUGUCCCAAGUGUGUGGAAAGAGGUUACAAAGAGAGAAAGCACCAAAGCUCUUGAAGAUGCUAAAGCAGUUUACGAGUGAGUAAAUUACCUCAAACAUAAAUAGUCAUUGCCCUCUUUAGGCGGUAUACAAUUGAAAAACGUUGCCUAGAUGGGUAGCAGACGGGUAGCUUGGAGAGGAGACGUGUGGAACUGAGCUUUGGGGAGUAAAUAGCUGCUUAGACUGGCCUUGUGCUCCUUCGUCGCGAUUAUUGCUUAUUCUAUACCCCAUAGUCGUCAUGCGUCUGAUAUUCUCUUUUACCUUUUUUCAGUUCUCUUUUUUCAUUUUCUUUUUACAAGGUGAUCGAAAUUAGAGGUGUAAAUCUCCUUUAUUUUUGCACUAUUCCUUAGAAAAGCGAGUUUAAACAUGAGGAUCAUCGCAAUUGUAGAGGCAACUUUACCUCGCAAUCAUUUUUCCUUUCGCCUACUGCUCUCUCGUUACUUCUCGCCCCGCUGAAACACAAAACAGAAUUUAACCCUUGACCUUAUCUAGGCUUUGCAAGUUUGGUCCCCCCUUUCUUUCUUUCUCCUGUACCUCUGUCAUGAAAUUUUCGUGCUCCUUUGGCCGAUGAUGUCCACACAGUUAGUAAAAUGUGAGUGGAAGGCAGGAUAGCCUCAUGGAAUCUCAUUGAAGACCUGUGUGAUAUUGAGUUAGCACCUGCAAAAAGAUGAUGCGUGACGCCGUCAGAGGGAAGUUCUCACCAAAUGAUUAAUAAACAAACGCUACUUUACUUUUUUUGGUUUCAACUUUCAGUGGCGGAAUGUCAGAACUCAUACAACGAACGGGCCUUCCAUGUGAUGACAGAAGUAUUCGCCAACAUCACGGAUUAAAUCUGCAUGAAGCAAUAACCUUCUUUGAAAGUAACACAAAGGACCUUGACUUCAAUGCGAGGUGGAUUUACGUGGAAAAAUUGGAGGUACGCUUACACUUCAUGAUCUUUUGUGUCAAUACCUGUUUAGCUGCGGAGAGACCUAUACCAAUAGUUAAUCGUGUUAAUAAAUUCCCGAAUCGUAUUCCUUCUCAACAAGCCUUAUUUAUUGCUUAAUUUGGCUGAUGUAGCACCGGACCUGCCCAAAUUGACCUGUCCGAUUAGAAGCUGCUUGUAAUAGACAGGUCUAAUCACUCAAACAGUUGAACAGCCAAUGAAAAUUGAGCAUCAAAUGUUGCUAGCCAAUGAAGUUUAACAAAUUAGUCCAUGGCAGCAAAUCAAAACCAAGUCUUUAUUGAGUAAGCGUUCCAGCUUGACACAGUUGAUUUAAGAAAUGUAUUUAAAAACGUUCAUGCAGUUGGAGCUACGGCCAUAUUCCAAUAGUUUCUUCAGAAGCCGUAAGCCAUGUUUUUGCUUUCAGUGAAAUAAGAACUUUGUACUUUAACAUUCCAAUCCUAAAUAUUCCUUGCUUUUUGUUAUUGACACAAUUAAUUAGUAAUAGAACUUCAUGUCAUACAAUUCAGGGUUACUAUUAGGAAUUGUAAUUUCAAACCGGUUUGAAAUUACUCAUCUGAUUACUCCCUGAAUUGUACUCCACUCAGUCCUAUUCACAACACUCAUAAUCAUACGCGAAGUUGAAAUAUACCUAAUAACAGGUUUAACUUUGCGCAGUAGUCAAACAGUUUCACUUGCGAUGACGUAACUCCUGAUAAAUAGUGAUUGGCGUGGAAAUCAUCCAUUGCUCAGCCACGCAGGGGUGAACGGCCCACCCUCCCACCCAGAAAAUCGCGUGGGUCAUAAACUAUAACUAACUACCCCUAAGCCAAAGUCUCCCUGCUUUGCUUAGUCCGCUGAUCAAUCAUUUUUCCCAUGCAAUAGUACAACUUAGCAUGAAUACAUAAUGAAUGGGAGUGUUGUUGAACAGAUUACUAUUCCCAUUCAUAAAAAAUGUGUUGGAGAUCUAUCAAGGGUAGCGCUGACAGGUGUUGGAAUUACCUCAAAGACAACGCAACUGAGUGACAUGCGCGCAUGCAUGCAAGGUGACAACUGCUGGUGCUUGUCUAUCAAGAGAAACACAGGAUAAAGUGUAAUUCCCUGUUUGUUUGUUUUUCUAGGACUACGCAGACCAAAAGGAGCGCGCGCUUUUACGAAAGAACAAACUUAAAACAGAGGAAGAGUGUAAUAAUCUGAUGAACAGGUUACGUUUUCUGUGGCUAGAGCCUGUACUGAAGGAUCUCCAAGAUCGUGAUAACACUGACUUCAUGAUGUUAGAGUCGCGUCUGAGAUCAGCGUAUAUCAAACUUGACAGUGACUUCAGGGAAGAGGCGCGAGGACCAGAAUCUCUGUGCUUCAACUUGGCUUACGUGUAUGACCUGGUUGGUUGCGCAAAUCUAUUUACGUGUUUUCGUUACAAUGCACUUUUUCGUGCCGGAUAUAGGUCAAGCAAAGAGAAGGUCUCCUCAUGCAGACCGUUAGAUAAGAGGGGGACUCGACCUCGAAAAUAAUUUUUUAUCGGCUCUUUAGGCUUGAGUUUGGCUUGAAAAUAAGGUGGAGCCUGUGGCUUCUGAGCCCCGCCCCUAGAUCCUCUGUGCCGUUAACACGCCGACACUAAUUAACGCCGGGUACUUUUUUGAAGGGGAAAAAGUACUACAUUGCGUGCAACAAAUUGUAUUUCUAUUAGACCUAGUAACCAACUAUUCAGAGGAUAGCGAAGUCCAGCCUCGUUCUCAGAUAGGAAAAUAACAACAUAAUCCUAAGUCAGCGAGAAGUACACGACUACCCAAACUCUAGCCAUUACCUUACGAACGCAUGCACACAGCCGUGGAUAGCUGUUUCAUCCCUGUUCGGAUUCAUCAGCAUCACUGUACUUAAUGAAAUCACUACUAUAAUAGAAUAAAAAUAAUAAAAUUAUGAAUAAUAUAGACGUCAGACUAUAAACAACGACUUUCGAGAGGUAUUGCUUAAGUCUUGCUUUUCUACCCUCAGCAACACAGCGAGGAGAUGAAAGAAUAUCUUAAUCAACUGAAUCAGAGAAGGAAACAUUUUCAAGAGAUUGCUACAGAGGAGAGUGCAGUAAGAAAAGUGAGGACUCAGGAAGUGGGGAGGGUAAGAGUAAGUAUCAUACUUUCUUUAAGUAGUCUGUUAUUAUUAUUUUUUUCAGAUGUUGUAGAGAGGGCGAUACACACAAGAGCCAAGAAAAUCGCCUCUAUAGAAGUGAAGCAAUUUUUUUGCACUAAAGUUAAGGUCAAUGACGUCAUGGCCUUUUGUCAUGUGCUAUUUUUGGGUAGUUCAAACCGUUGGAUAAGUUUUCUAGUUACCACUAGCCUGUCGUUGGAAUGUCAUAUUGGUGGACUAAUGAGAAAAGUAUUCAUUGGUUGAUUUAUGUUGUCAAAGAAAUAAGCACUAAUUCACCUUUGACUUGAAAUCGCUGAAUCAUAACUUCAUGAUACAAGUUCUAUUUCCUACCCCUUUGUCCUUCAAAUUUUUUCAGUUCUGGUUCACUUACUCUUGGCGUACACAUCGUGCACAUUUAUUAAUGAGGGCAAAGGCAAACUGCAACCAGUUGCAAAAAUACCUUACACACUGUACCUUAUUUUGGCUCGACUGGCAUGGCCUGUUUAUGAUCUUGUGCUUGUGGUCCUCUCCUUCCCUUAUCAAAGUUGCUAGCAAUACAAGACCAUGCUCAAAAAACGUGGAGGAACAACUUUGACUGCAGGGGAGGAGGGAGGUCAGUACUAUAUCCAACAGACGACGUGUGAGUUGCAGCGAUAUGAAGUAAGAAAGGUCGGUUUUUCGUCAGAGUGUUUCAACAUUUUUGCAUCCGGUUGUAUCUCUUUCUAACACGAAACACGAUUUUUUACGUACCCUUCUCCCUUUUUGCUUUUCCAUAUCUCUAUGGUUUUCUUUCCUAUGCCACCAUCACCACCAUCACAUUUCUUUUGUUUUCCAUUCACUACCACGACUAUCACAUUUCUAUUACUUUCCAUCCACCAGCACAUUUCUAUUGUUUUUCAUCCGCUACCACCAUAACAUUUCAUAUUAAUUUUUUUUCUUUAAGUCGUGUGUUCUAAUGUGUAUGAAAAAAGUGUUGACCACCAAAAUGACUUUGUUGCAUGCUAACACGAGAUAAUGAAAAGAGGUGAUGCGAACUGGUGUAGUAGUUACAUGCAGCUAGAACAUGCAUGAAACCAUAGUUUCUUGGACUGGAAUUGUUAUGAAGUGGGUCAGCCUCCUUUGUUAUAUUUUGUUUGUGGAUUUGACUGUGCAUAACAUAUAAUAGCAUUCCUAUCAUUUUGAUCUCAUUGACCAAUAAAAAUGUCACAUUAAUUUAUUCAGUCACAAUUUUAGAACAGAAAAACAAAGGAUUGUACAUCAUCAGGGAGCUACCAACAUAAACUGAAGCAACGUUGUUUUUACCUUUGAUAUUUGAGGCCUUUUAUAACCACUCUCCCCUACUAACCAUAAUAAAACACCAACACGUUAUUUUUGUACCUGUUCAGGGCACUGAAGUCACAAGGAAUGACCAUAGAAGAGUCAAAAAGGAUGCUGAAGGACUUGACCAAGUGGUAGAAUUGGUAGGUGAGGAGGGCAUGGGGGCAGGAUCCCUAGGAGGAUUGGAAGAAGUGGUGGAAGAAGAGUUUAAUGAUGAAACUGAAACUCAAACUCAAGAUGAUUCAAAAGGAGAGAAAGUCACUGAAGAACAGUACAGUAAAACAGUAACAAGUGAAGGUACCAGCUGGGCCCUCGAACAGGGGGCUGUUCACUUGAUGCUCCCUCCUGAUGCUGUAUCUGAGCCUACGUCAAUGGUGGUCCGCAGGUGGAAAUACAGUGUCCGUUCACCCCCGUUACAGGAGAAUGAAGCCAUCACUAGCAAUGUUAUCGAAUUAUCUUCCAUGAAUGGCCAAGGUCUCAAAUUUAACACCAGGGUGAAGCUGUCGCUAUCCCACAGCGCAACAGACCUACUAGGCUAUGAGUUAGUGAUUAAAAAGCUGAUUGACAAAGAGGCGAAUAAAUGGGAAGACAUUGAUGGAACCAGGGACCUACGUCGUUGUCAAGACCAGCCUUCCCACAUGAAAAUACCGGAUCUUUUCUUUCCCGUCGCUCAAGCUGAUAUAUCUGAAUGCUCAACAUACGCAGUAGUUUGUCGUCUCAAGGCUUCACCAGCUUACACGGUCAGAUCUGGUGGCGGCUCAUUCAGCCAUCCUGACUUCCCAGGCGUGACAGUUACAAUCCCUGAGAAUGCUGUUGCACCUACCGCAAAGUUUUCUUUGGAGUUAAAGGUGCAAGAAGUUUCGAAUGAAGAAUUUGAAGGGGAGGAUAUAGUUCUUGGACCUGUAUUGCGAAUCAAGUGCAAUCAAGCUAUUCAGUUCUUAAAACCUGUCAACAUCCAGCUGCCAAUUUCUCUUCGAGAGCAACGAGACGUCGGUCUAAAUCCCCCCACAACAGGUCACGUCAGAGUGCUGUUCCUCAAGUCCGAUAAUGGCCAAAAAGAAUGGAUUGAAAUCACUGAUGAUCUUGUGACGCCGCCAAGUCUUGAUAGAAAGUCUGCAAGGUUCGAUGUGGAAAGGUUCUCUGCAUAUUCGCAUUAUGUUGAGAGGAGAAACGAAAGCUUCAGGUCGUAUGGAACAAGAGUAAUAAAUGUCCUCAACAGACACAAUUUUGUUCAGCCCAGGCUAGCAGUCUUCUUUGCUUACUUUCGUCCGAAUCUUUUAAACAUUUUGUGUCUGAUUUGUUGCCCUGCUCACCUUAAAAGAAGAGUGGUGAAGGAUCUUGAAAAACAAGGUAUAAGGCCUGAGUGGAACAACUCGAAGAAAGAUAUGGUACCUGGGCACGAAAAGGCUUUCGUGUCUGUAUCAGGAGGAAUAUGCCCAUAUAUAAAGAUGGACAUGGAACAAAUUUUUCUUAGGUUCUUAGAGAACCACUCAGACGAUGCUGAGUUGGACGUUUGUUUUCAUAAUGACGAAAAGGUAGCACGAGUAGAAUUUUACAGCAGCUUAAAACCAAGAGCGCCUCUAUUGUGUAGAUUGCACUUAAAAACGCCCAGUCAGGGUACGGAUCGUUCGGACUUACGGGAACCUACACUACAGGCUAGUACAUUGAAGGAAGGUAAUCCCACGGAAGACGAGCUAGAAUGUCUAUCAGCAGAAGUCUCUGACCAUUGGAGAAAGCUUGGGCGCCGGCUAGCUUUUAAAGAAGCACAGUUGCAAGAAUUUGAUUCAGGCUAUGGAGAAAUCUCCGAAAAGGCAUACGCAAUGUUGUUAGCUUGGAAACAAAGGGACGGCUCAGGUGCUACAUAUAGUGUUCUGCAUAAAGCGCUGUGUGACGAACGGCUAAAACGUAGAGAUUUAGCACAGAAAUUUUGUUGUUACUGAGUAAGGUUUUUACUGUUUUCACCUUCUUUGCACUGAAUCGACAGCAAUAUGCUUUCUACUUCGUAUCGUUCAAAUUUCUUCUGCCUUUUCAUCUAUUUGUGUACCGGGGACUUAAAAUUAUUUGUAUUUUAGAUACAUACAAAGAAGUUGGAUUCGACUUCUUAGAAAGCGCAUACAUACGCCCAACCGUCUAUCUGAGUUUUGGUCAUUUUAUCAUUUUCGUACUUUGGGAUUUACAGUUGGCCUAUUAAUAGUAGAGAGACAUGCACUUUAAUACAUGUAUUUUUUUUUAGUUUAAAAGACGCUUAUCCAAAUGCUUUAAAGUAAGUUUACACACUUAGUGCGAAUAGAAGGAAUGGUUUCUUAAUUGUCCUAUACAGACACCCCACUCUAGAAAUUCAAGGUACAAGAGUACACUGAACAUUAAAAGACCUAAUACCUUAGCUGGACAGUGAACAUUUGAAAUGUUAGCCUCUACUGACUGGAACUCAUUUCCUUAGUUUUAAGCUUACAACUAUUUUAUGUCCUAUCAAGCAUGAACUUUAUAAGUACGCGAGAGAAACUUAUAUUGAUAACCACAGGGGUACGAUUUGUUAUAUAU